CCCUAGGGUGUGGCAGGGCGGGUCUACGGAGGCCUCUUUAGGCCACAGAGCAGCGUAAAGCCUAGGCCUGCAGUGACCGCUCAGUCACAGUUGAAGGAGACCUACUGAGUCCUGAGGACAACCAACAAAGGCCUUAACGGCACAGAAGCAUCUGAGUGGACCUAACACAGGGCAGUGAAAGUGAUGCAGAACAAACUUCAAAGCCUCCAGGAGCACACGUGACCUCAGCGUUCUGGUUUUCUGGAUGGCAGCAAAGGACAGGGAGAUGAUGGAAGCCUGGGGUGCAGGAGAAAGUUGCCCGACCUUCCCCAAGAUGGUGCCUGGUGACUCCAAGUCUGAAGGGAAGCCAAGGGCUUGUCUGGAGGCAGAGUCCCAGAAGCCAGACUCCUCCUAUGACUACUCGGAAGAGAUGGAAGCUUGUGAGGACGGAGGCUGCCAAGGGCCGCUUAAAUCGCUGUCCCCGAAGUCCUGCCGUGCUACCAAAGGCCAGGCUGGCGACGGACCCAAACCCGCAGAGCUGCCCCCGGCCCCUGGGACUGAGCGCAAUCCCGAGAUGGAGCUGGAGAAGGUGCGCAUGGAGUUCGAGCUCACGCGGCUCAAGUACCUGCAUGAGGAGAACGAGCGGCAGCGGCAGCACGAGGUGGUGAUGGAGCAGCUGCAGCGGGAGCGGCAGCACGAGGUGGUGAUGGAGCAGCUGCAGCAAGAGGCGGCGCCCCGCCUGUUUUCAGGAGGCCUCCAGAACUUCCUGCUGCCCCAGAACCAGUUUGCCAUGUUCCUGUACUGCUUCAUCUUCAUUCACAUCAUCUAUGUCACCAAGGAGAUGGUCUUCUUUCUCUUCGCCAAGCACUACCUGUUCUGCAUCGUGGCCAUUUUGCUCUGUUUGAUUAAAACUUUCUGGUCAUACUUCCAAUCACUUUGCCUCAAACUUUUCAUCAAAGCAGCCUUUGUAAGGUCCUGGGGCAGAAAGCAGGCCUUGGAAGACAGCCACCAGGAAGUCAUGCAGAAAGUGCUGAGCAGGGGGACCCUUGGUGGAGGAGAUGAGAAAUCAGACUCCGAGAGGUUCAGGAAUUGCCCAAGCUUGCUCAGCCAGGAGGUACCAGAGACCAAGUGUGGCAAGGAGCUGAAAGAUGAUUGGAAGAAAACAAAGAACCGUGCUGUGUCUCAUUCAUUUAGGUUUGUGAACAAAGGUUCCGAGCUGCACCACGAAGGGCUUGAUGAUGGUGCCAAAGGAAGUGGCAGCAGGGCCUGGCUGAGAGGGGAUGCCCAGCGGGAAACUCCACAGACACAGCAUAUGCUGUGUGCUGCCAACAUACAGAGCACUGCGCUCGCAGGAUGGUCCAUGAAAGGUCUGGAAGCAGCCCAGGUGUCAAUCAACCAGUGGGCAGACUGUCCGGGCGCUUAUGACAUUCAAACCUGCUCUCUCCUCCUCCUCCUCCCUCUCCGGUACGCCGGCCCUUUUCACACCAAGGGACCGUCUCAAAAGUCUAGGCUCCAAAUGCUACGACGUAAGAAAGGAGGAGAAAGAGGGAGGAAAAAAGUCGAAGACUGCACUUCUCGUUGCUGCCGUUUGAAAACUAUGCUUGCAGGAGGCUUCUUAGCUGGUGAUGACCCUGGACUGCUUCCUGGCUUACUCUGGGCUUCAGAUUCGGACAAACAUUUGGCUCUCAAGGUCACUUCAUGCUCUAAACCUUCUGUAAUCUCCAGGACAUCAAUCCACUCAGCAAUGGGAAGCAGAGUAACUCACCUCCCAAUGAAAGAAGUUAAGAAAAGAACCUUUAUCUGAGGAAUACAAGUCCUUUUAAUUAUCAGGCCCAGAGAGACACUAAAACGAGACAGCAAUCAUGUCCUACUCCCCCGCUUUGAGCAAUGUGUUCGUCUCUUGAAGCUGCUUGCUAUCACCACAGGUAGCUAUAGAUCAACCUAAUAGUGCCAUACCAGACACUGUAACCCACGCUUUAUAGCUUAACAAUGUAUAGCCAAUCAAAUCAAUGUUAUUUAUGUAAACCAAUGAGAAUUCCUGACAAACAACUUUAUAUCAGC